CGACGACCCGCCAUGGACAUUAUGGACCUUAAUCAACUAUCCCCCCGCGCAGAAUGGCGACAACUACCCCAGAUCCCACGAAACCCGUCCCCGUCGAGUCGUCGGAAGAGGUUUCCAAGAUUCAGGAUGUCUCCGAUCUGGGCGCCGUCAUCGACUCGCGGGCCGAGCGAUCUCUGGUGUGGAAGUUCGAUCUGCGCAUCCUGCCGGUGCUGGCUAUCAUGUACCUGUUCAACAGUCUCGACAAAUCCAACCUGGGCAAUGCCAAAACGGCCGGUCUAGAAGAAACCCUCAACCUCAAAGGUGGACAGUACAACAUGAUUCUCAGCAUCUUCUUCAUUCCCUACGUCUUGACGGCCCCCUUCCUCGGAAUCCUCGGCAAGAAAUACGGCCCCAACGUGGUGCUGCCCUGCAUGAUGUUCAGCUUCGGCUUGUGUACAAUUCUGGUGGUGGCCGUCUUCAACUUCGGCGGGCUGUUGGCCAUCCGAUGGUUCCUGGGCAUGGCUGAGAGUGCUUUCUUCCCUCUUGUCAUCUACUAUCUCACCACAUUCUACCGUCGUGGAGAACUCGCCCGGCGCCUGGCUAUCUUCUACGCUGCACAGAGCAUCGCAUCCGCCUUCUCCGGGCUGCUGGCUUUCGGUGUCUUCCAGAUCAAGUCCGGUCCCCUGGCCGAAUGGCGCUAUCUCUUCCUCAUCGAGGGCGGUGGCACCGUGCUUUUCGCCGCCUUUGCCUUCUGGUAUCUGCCUCUCUCCGCAUCAGAAGCAUCCUUCCUUUCCUUCGAAGAGCGAGAACUCGCAUACCUCCGACUACAGAUCGACAGUUCCGCCGUGGUGAACGAGAAACUAAACAUUCGCGACGCUCUGCGAGUGUUCAAGCAGCCCACUAGCUGGGCCAUCAUCGCCAUCCAGAUCUGCCUCGGCGUGCCUCUGCAGUCCGUGCAGCUCUUCCUGCCGCAGAUCAUCCAACGCCUCGGCUACGGCACCGUCAAAACAAACCUCUACACCGUGGCGCCCAACGUCUCCGGCGCCGUGGUCCUGCUUAUCCUCGCCUUCUGCAGUGACUGGACCCGGUGGCGCUUCCCGUUCGUGGCCCUGGGGUUCCUGUUCACGUUCAUCGGCUUCGUCAUCUACUCCUCCAUCGAUGUCGAGGCCUCGCUUGGUGUCGCGUACUUUGCCUCGUUCAUGAUGACGUGGGGAACCUCGGCGCCGUCGGUCCUUCUGGACGUGUGGUAUAACAAUAACAUUGCCAAUGAAGGACGACGCAUGCUGCUAACGAGUAUUGCCGUCCCCAUGGCCAACCUGAUGGGCGUUGUCAGCUCGAAUAUCUUCCGCAACCAGGAUGCGCCCAAGUACUUCCCCGCGCUGAUCACGACGGCGGCGUUCGGCGGGACAGGCAUCCUGUUGACGCUGUUGUUGGGGCUGUGGAUGAUGAUGGAUAACAAGCGCCGGAAUUCUCGACAGGGCUUGAAUCUGCGGGCGCAGGACGUCCCGACGGAAAGACUGCGAGAUGGUCCGGACAGUCCGGAUUUCCGGUGGUGUUAUUAGAUGGGGUUGGACUGGAUAUAAUUAAUGAGCUAGAUUUUAAUGAGUAUGAACAAUAGAAUUUUGGAUUUAUUUUAUAUUUAAG